GAUUCAAAAUGGCUACACCCAACAUCGAAGUGAGUGGCACAUUGAAAGAGGCUCUUUUUGAAACUUUGAAUGCAAUUCUUUCGCCAAUUCACGAUGUCAGAGCGAAUGCAGAAGAUCAGUUAAAAGUUUUAGAAGUUACAGAUGAAUUUGGUGUUCACUUGGCUGAACUCACAGUAGAUCCAAAUGGACUUUUACCAAUCAGGCAAUUGGCGUCUGUUCUCCUUAAACAGUAUGUUGAGGUACAUUGGUGCCAACAUUCAGAAAAAUUUCAUUCUCCCGAAACAACAGAAGAGGCAAAAGCCACAAUCAGGCAACUUUUGCCAUUGGGUUUACGAGAAUCUAUUAGCAAAGUACGUUCCAGCAUUGCCUAUGCUAUUUCUGCAAUUGCACAUUGGGAUUGGCCAGAGAAUUGGCCAGAACUUUUUGAUAUCCUUAUGCAUUCCUUAACCAGCGAGGAUCAUAAUGCUGUUCAUGGAGGAAUGAGAGUAUUAACAGAAUUCUGUAAUGAAGUCACUGAUAAUCAGAUGCCUCAGGUUGCUCCAAUUAUCCUACCUCAGAUGUACAGAAUCUUCACAUCAUCAGAUAAAUAUAAUAUCAGAGUGCGUGGACAUGCUGUUGAGAUUUUUUCAACUUGUGUUCAAGUAAUAUCUAUGAUGGUUGAUUACAACAAGAAAGCAGCAAAAGAACUUCUAUAUCCAAUUUCAACACAAUUCACAGAAGCUUUAGUAGCAGCUCUUCAAGUUCCAGAUGGUGUAAAUUCAGAUAGUGGUCUGAAAAAAGAUGUUCUUAAUGCAUUAACAUUAUUGGUUAAAUGUGUACCAAAACUUAUGUCCUCUUGGCUACCUCAUAUUUUAACUCCUGUAUGGAAUGCACUUACUGAGAGUGCUAGCAUAUAUGUAAAAACGGUUGUUAAUGAUACAGAAGAUGCAAAUAAUCCUGUAGAUUCUGAUGGUGAAGUAUUAGGAUUUGAAAAUCUUGUAUUUAGUAUAUUUGAAUUUGUCAAUGUGUUAGUUGAGAGUCCAAAAUUUAGAAACUUUGUGAAAAAGGGAUUAUCAGAUUUAAUGUAUUAUAUUGUAUUAUAUAUGCAAAUAACAGAAGAACAAAUAAAUAUAUGGACGAAUAAUCCAGAUCAGUUUGUUGAAGAUGAAGAUGAGGAAACAUUUUCUUAUUCUGUUCGCAUAUCUGCUCAGGAUCUGCUUUUGGUAUAAUUUUUUCUUAACUUGGAAGUUUCUUUAAAAUAGUUGUUAUAUAUAUAUAUCUCAAGUACAAAAUGUUACAAUUGUGAUUCUGAAGAAAUAUAGUAGUGAUAGGACAAUGAAUCAGAAUCAGAAAUUGGAAAAUUGGACAUUUUCUGGGAAUCAGAAUCAAGAAAAUCUCAUCAUGAUUUCCGAUUCUUAAAAACAAUCCUUCCACAUUUUAUAAGAAA